UUCACCCUAAAAUCAAAAUUUCACAGUUUGUAGAUUUCGAGGCGCUGAGUUCGGUGGUGAAGGUCCCAUCGCCGUGCGAUACGCCGUUCUGGAGAUAUUUGAAUUUGAAAUUUCCCAUGACGUCAUCCAAAAUGACGUCAUGCGGCCGGCGCACACCCCCUCCACACCCUGUGACGUCAAAGAGAUAGAGGCUCGAACCUGCUUGCUUUUUGUGAGCAAGAAAGAGUGGCGUUUGUGGAGUUUCUUUCUUGCGAUAUGAACAGUUUCAGCCAGGAUGCCGUUUUGCUGUGCUUUCGGCUGCUCUAACCAGUCUGGCAAGCCCCCUGGGACUACGGUGCAUCGUAUUCCGCGGGAUAAAGCUCUCCGAGCGGAAUGGGUUGCAGCGAUUCACCGCGAGAAUUUGCCACCUAAGUUUGAGGAGAGUUCUGUGAUUUGUUCGGCACAUUUUGAAGAGGAUGCCUUCCAGAGGAACUUGCAGGAAGAGCUUUUGGGUGGAACGUGCCGCCGAAAGCUAAAAGCAGACGCUGUGCCAUCGAUUUUCCCGGGCAGGCCUCCCCCAGCGAAGCGAAGGAUAUCGCAGUAUCAGGAGAGGAAGGAGAGAGAAGAGAUCCUAGCUCAAGCCUAUGCUGAGCCAUACGCCGCAGCAUUUCGGUCUCCAGUUGCAGGCCCAGUGAGUCCAGACGAUGGCAUGACAUCUGCUGAUGCGUGCACACAGACCCCAGUCGUACUGAUGGUGGACUCAAGCACGCAAACGCUUCAGUCGUCUUUACUGGAGACGUUAACGGCUGAAUCUGGAACGCAAACUGUCAGUAGCUGCAUGUCCAUGGCAGAAUGCGGCACACAAGCCUCCAUCGACAUGCAAGAGAAAUCAACUCAAACACCACGGCGGGGAAAGCCCCUUUUAAGAACGCAUAUGGCGUCCCACCUGUUGACACCAACCAGGCCCGCUGUGUCUUUAACGUGUUCGAGUGCGGAGUCAGCUGUGAGUGUGGGCGUUGAUCCUAUGUCAGAGUCGGAGGCUGAAUACUGCCCAAGUUCGUGCAGUGAGGCAUCAGAACAGCUCCAGAGUCCGCAGCAGGAGAAAGACAGCAUUCACAUGGUGCACGAGUCUUCGCUGGACGAGUUGCUAAGGCGCUGUCCAACAUGUGGAGCUGUUGUCAUUGACCGAAAUGAUCAGCUAAUUGGCGGCAUGCUGGUUGUGAAAUUAACAUGUGCGAGAGGUUGUGACGUUACAUGGAGAUCACAUCGAACAACGGCCAACAGCAACCAGUCACUCUGCUCCAUCCUUCUUGUUGCAGCUAUUGUCUUCUCUGGAUCCACAUUCAACGUUUUCUCUCGCAUUGCUGAGUUUCUCAAACUUUCUGUCAUCCACAAAACAACUAUGUACUCCAUCCAAGAACAGUUUGUACUUCCAAUCAUCCAGGCAGCUUGGUUUGCUGAAAGGACACGCGUCAAGAAUUUCUUUGCAGGGAAGAAACUUGAAUUGGCCGGUGAUGGUAGGUGUGACAGCCCAGGGUAUAGCGCCAAGUACGGAACGUAUACACUGAUGGAAGUCCAAACGGACUUGAUCGUUGAUUUCCAGGUAACAGAGUGCACGGAAACGACAAGCAGCCAAGCUAUGGAGAAGUUUGCAUUUGAGAACGUGUUGUCCCGCUGCUUGGAGGAGAAGCUUGAGGUGGCCACGAUUGUCACAGAUCGGAGCCAGUCCAUCAAGAAAUUGAUGAAGGCAAAGAAGGACAUAGACCACCAGUUCGAUGUUUGGCAUUUUGCAAAAAAUGUUGCAUCCAAGCUUCGAGCAGGCUCCAAAAAGAAAGAUCAGCAACCCUUACUAGAGUGGAUACCUGCCAUCAUCAAUCACCUGUGGUAUUGCAGCAGAUCAUGCCAGCGCAACCCACAGCUUCUGAGAGAGAUGUGGACAUCGAUUCUAUACCACAUCUGCAAUCAGCAUGCCUGGACUUCUGCCGAAUUGUUUCUGAAGUGCUCGCACAAACCACUGACUGAAGAGGACCAGAAGCGCAAAAAGUGGCUUAAACCCGACUCAGCACCGUACAAGGUACUCCAUUCCGUGGUGUUUGACACAAGACUCCUGAAUGACUUGCCACAGCUGACUGGAUUUCAGCACACGGGAAACUUAGAGGUGUUCCACAGUGUCAUGACGAAGUAUGUCCCCAAGCGCAUCCACUUCAGCCGGGCGGGUAUGGAAGCUCGGACACAGUUAGCUGCCCUGGACCAUAAUUUCAAUGUUGGCCGGCAUCAAGCCAAGACAACCAGCGGAGAGCUCCGCUACAAAAGUCAAUUUUCGCGUCACAAGGGUGACUACGUAGCCAAGAAGGUGUAUGUGGAGAAGUCCUACGACUAUGUCGGCCAGCUGAUGAACAACGUGCAGCAGGCGGCAUUCGGAAAAGAGUUUCCGUCUAUACCCAUGUACAAGAGUGUCAGCAUUUCGCGCCAGACGCCAAAGAAGAAGGCAGAUGUGGUAGCCAAGUUGCAAUCGAGAAUGGCAAAGCUAAGCGACAAGAAAGAUGAUGUUUGA